UACUGCCUGCAUACUGGGCUGAUACUGGUUUGAACGUUGUAAUGCUGGGAAACACGUAGAAGUGUGCGUUUAUUAUUUUGAAAACACAAAAUAGUAGCCACGUUUUAGUCGAUGUGCCACUAGAGGCAGGAACUGCUACUGAAUAACGUGGAUCCUCUGUAAUGUAAACGUUUGCAAUCUCUUAACAUUUGCCCAGAGAGUGUGUGUGCAAUCACGUGUAGGCUUCUCAACUCAUAAACGUGCACAUUGUGCCUGCACACAAUAGAUGCCCGUAAGAGAAUGUCAAGGACGCUUUACUUCUUCGUUUUUACUUAUUGUUUUAAAUUAUCCAUCCACAACACAGCACUAUAUCCUGGAGGUGAUUCAGAGACACAUUGUCUUCUUUCUUUCUUUUUUGUUGUUGUUUUUUUGUUAUUUUUUUGUCCCCUUUCCACCACCCAUGUGUGAGAACAGUCCCAUUUCCUGCCAGGAAAGGGACCGACAGGAAUAAAGAAGUGUAAAGCUUUUCAGGUUCCUGAUGCUCAACCUUGGUGUAAUCUCACAGAGAAGAGGAACUCGAAGUAAUCUGGAAGAUUUGUGUUUUCUAAGGUGAUCUGACUAUAAUGAAAAUGAUUCCGGUCACAGAAUUCCGACAGUUCACGGAACAGCAGCCGGCAUUUCGAGUCCUUAAGCCAUGGUGGGAUGUGUUUGCCGAAUAUUUGUCUGUGGUCAUGCUCAUGAUCGGUGUGUUUGGGUGCACACUGCAGGUAAUGCAAGACAAAAUCAUAUGUCUUCCGCAAAGGGUGUAUGCUCCAAACCAAACGGUGCCUUCAAUAAACCACACGGAGCUCACGAGGGAUCCGACUAAUUCAACUCUUCCACCUGUCUCCUCAGUGCCUAUAUCAAACGAGAUGAGGGGACUCAAAACCAACCUGGAUCUCCAACAAUACAGCUUUGUUAACCAACUGUGCUAUGAAAAGGCUUUGCAUUGGUAUGCCAAGUAUUUUCCUUACCUGGUGCUCAUACAUACUAUUGUAUUCAUGGUGUGCAGUAAUUUCUGGUUCAAGUUCCCUGGCUCAAGCUCAAAAAUUGAGCACUUCAUCUCCAUAUUGGGCAAAUGUUUUGAUUCUCCAUGGACUACGAGGGCUCUGUCUGAGGUGUCAGGAGAGAGCCCGGAGGACAAAGACCACAAAAAGAACAGUGCAAGUAGAUCAAACCUUAAUACCUCCACUGUGGAGGGUAAUCUGGAGAAAACCCAGUCGCUGAGGUCUAUUCCUGAAAGAAUUGUAGUGGACAAACCGACAGCAAGUGCACUUGACAAGAAGGAAGGAGAGCAAGCCAAAGCAUUGUUUGAGAAGGUGAAAAAGUUCAGACUUCACGUAGAGGAAGGGGAUUUGUUGUAUCUCAUGUAUGUUCGACAGACUGUUAUCAAAGUCAUCAAGUUUGUUCUAAUUGUUGCCUACAACAGUCUUCUAGUGUCAAAGGUUAGAAUUACAGUUCAAUGCGAUGCAGAUGUGGAGAAUAUGACUGGCUACAGGAAAUUUCUGUGCAAUCACACUAUGGCUCAUCUCUUCUCCAAGCUCUGCUACUGCUAUUUGUGUUUUGUAAUCGUCUAUGGAUUAACGUGCCUCUAUACAUCGUACUGGCUUUUCUACCGUUCACUGAAAGAGUACUCUUUUGAAUAUGUGCGUCAGGAGACUGGAAUUGACGACAUCCCAGAUGUGAAAAAUGAUUUUGCCUUUAUGUUGCACAUGAUUGACCAAUACGAUCCUCUGUAUUCCAAAAGGUUUGCAGUGUUUUUAUCUGAGGUGAGUGAAAACAAGCUGAAACAACUCAAUCUGAACCACGAGUGGACCGUAGAAAAACUUCGGCAAAAGUUACAGACCAAUGCCAGUGACAGACUGGAGCUUCAACUAUUCAUGCUUGCAGGGCUUCCAGAUACAGUCUUUGAGGUCACCGAGCUGCAGUCUCUAAAAUUGGAAAUCAUUAAUAAUGUCACAAUUCCUGCAGCCAUUGCUCAACUGGAAGAUCUUCAGGAGCUUUCUCUGCACCAGUGCAACCUUAAAAUCCACACAGGGGCCCUAUCAUACCUUAAGGAAAACCUUAAGGUUCUGCGUGUCAAGUUUGAUGAUAACCGUGAGCUUCCUCUGUGGCUCUACAGUCUUCGAAAUUUGGAGGAACUCCAUCUAGUUGGAUCUCUGAGUCCAGAUGCAUCAAAGAACAUAACCCUGGACUCUUUGCGUGAUCUUAAAUCCCUCAAAACUUUGACACUCAAAAGCAACCUAACAAAGAUCCCCCAGUCAGUGGUGGAUGUGUCCAGCCAUCUGCAGCAUCUGUAUGUGCACAGUGAUGGCACCAAGCUGGUCAUGCUAAACAACCUGAAAAAAAUGGUGCAUCUUAUAGAGCUUGAGCUGGUCCACUGUGACCUUGAACGCAUUCCGCAUGCCGUCUUCAGUCUGACCCACCUGCAGGAGCUGGACCUCAAAGAAAACAACUUGCGCUCUGUUGAGGAGAUCAUCAGCUUCCAGCACCUCAGAAAACUCACAUGCCUAAAGCUGUGGCACAAUGCAAUCACUCAAAUCCCUGAGCAUAUCAAAAAGCUGGGCAGUCUAGAGCGUCUGUAUUUCAGCCACAAUAAAAUUGAGGUAUUGCCAUCACACCUGUUUCUGUGCAACAAGCUGCGCCAUCUUGACCUUUCCCAUAAUGACAUCAGCUUUAUUCCUCCAGAAGUGGGGGUUCUCCAAAGUCUUCAGUACUUCUCUGUCAGUUCCAACAAAAUUGAGAAUCUCCCAGAUGAACUCUUCUUUUGCAAGAAGCUGAAGACCCUCAAGCUCGGGAGGAACAUGCUUUCUGUGCUCUCACCAAAGAUUUCCUACCUAGCUUCACUGACUUAUUUGGAGUUAAAGGGCAAUCAUUUUGAAGUUUUGCCUGCUGAACUUGGCUGCUGUCAGGCCUUGAAGCGCAGUGGCCUUUUGGUAGAAGACACCCUGUUUGACACACUGCCUUCAGAAAUCAGGGAUAAUAUGAGAGCCGAGUGAUGUUUCUUAGCUUUUGUAAAAUUCUUCAAAUGUUACAAAAAGGCAGCAUUACUAAUUCUUUUUAACUGAACUUGUAUCCCACUCUCACUCAAUAUUUUGACGUUUUACUGGUGAGUACCUGCUUUUAAAUGCUAAGAUAUUUGGAUCGAAUAUUAUCUUGCUAAAAAAAAAAAGGAAAUCUUUUUGAAGAAAUAUUUAGUGUUGAUGUAGCUGAUCAAUGUUUGAAGGAAAUGUUACAUUAGAUCAUUUAUAUUAGCACCUUAUCAUGUAGAAUUCUGUAUCGUAUGAACGAUUAGAGAUUAGCCUCAGUGUUAUUGUGUAUUCAAAAGACAAGUCAUUGCAUGUAUUACAUUUCUAAUAGUGGUGAGGAUGUCAUUAUCCAUGUAAAGGUUUUACGAACAAGUACUGAACCAUGCUCACCGGACAAACUGCAGUAUUUUGCCUUUGUAAAGACCAAAUGACCUUUGCAGCCUCUUUAAUGUUGCAGGGAUGGUAUCUGGUGAAGGGCUUAUCUUGUGUAGUGGUUGUAUGUCACAUCCAGAUAUUUCAAAACACUCUUAUUUGGAGCCUAUUAUGUUCAAUGAUUUGUUCUCCUCGUAUUUUAUACACAAAUAAUUCCAGUUAAUGAGUGGCUCUAGUAAUAAAACCGUCUGGAGUAGCAGGCUACUACAUGGGUUCCACCAUGCAUUGUUUGUGGCAUUUAUGUAUUAUAUUUCACAUUUUGUUCCAAUGAAACUGAUUUUCGAUUAAUUUUUCCAAAUAAACGUCAGACUAAACAAAUUUCACUUUGCAAAGUAUUAGCUCACUGAAGGGGAAAAGAUGUCAUUGUAGGGAGGAAUUUCACCUUUGUAAUUCUUUUGAUAUUAACUUUAUUAAUGAGAGCAAUUACCUGUAAAUUUACAAGCCUCAGGCUUGUAGGCUAAUAGUAACCAAGAGGGUGGCAACCUUGUCUCUAUGGUCAGUAAUAAAAUGGAGGAGCAGCUUUAUUUUCUUGAACCUAGUAGUCACAGUAGAUAUUUUCCUUUCUUUUUUCCUAAAAA